GGGAGGAUAGAAAGGAGCAGGGGCAUGUGGAUAUUGGCUAUCUUCUUGUUCCAGAGCAUCUUAAAUGUUUUCAGUGAAGAUCUACAUGCCAGCCUGUAUUUUGUCAAUGCAUCUUUGCAAGAGGUAGUGUUUGCUAGCACCACAGGGACACUGGUGCCCUGUCCUGCAGCAGGGAUCCCUCCUGUGACACUCAGAUGGUACCUAGCAACGGGCGAGGAGAUCUAUGAUGUCCCAGGGAUCCGCCACGUCCACCCCAAUGGCACUCUCCAAAUUUUCCCCUUCCCUCCUUCAAGCUUUAAUAACUUAAUCCAUGAUAACACUUACUAUUGCACAGCUGAAAAUCCUUCAGGGAAAAUCAGAAGUCAGGAUGUUCACAUUAAGGCCGUUUUACGGGAACCCUACACAGUCCGUGUGGAGGACCAGAAAGCCAUGAGAGGCAAUGUAGCGGUCUUCAAGUGCAUUAUCCCCUCCUCUGUGGAGGCGUACAUCACUGUUGUCUCUUGGGAGAAAGACACAGUCUCACUUGUCUCAGGAUCUAGAUUUCUCAUCACCUCCACGGGAGCCUUGUAUAUUGUAGAUGUACAGAAUGAAGAUGGAUUGUAUAACUACCGAUGUAUCACACGGCACAGAUACACUGGAGAAACAAGACAAAGCAACAGCGCAAGACUUUUUGUAUCAGACCCAGCAAACUCAGCACCGUCUAUUCUGGAUGGGUUUGACCAACGUAAAGCCAUGGCAGGACAGCGAGUGGAGCUGCCUUGCAAAGCAUCGGGGCACCCAGCACCAAAGUACCGUUGGCUGAAGGACAAUGUUCCCUGGGAGCCAGAUAGCAGGUUUCGGCAGACAGUCACAGGUCUGCUGAUAGAGAACACACGUCCUUCAGACUCAGGCAACUACGUUUGUGAGGUGUGGAACAACUAUGGUACUGCUGAGGUGAUAGGGCAUCUACAUGUAAAACAGCCUCUGAAAGCCACAAUCAGUCCACGGAAAGUUAAAAGCAGUGUUGGUAGUCAAGUGUCCUUGUCCUGCAGUGUGACUGGAACUGAGGACCAAGAACUCUCCUGGUACCGAAAUGGUGAAAUCAUCAACCCUGGAAACAAUGUGAGGAUAAUGGGGAUCAACCGUGAGAAUCUCAUUAUGGAUGGCAUGGUCAAAAGUGAUGGUGGAGCGUACCAGUGCUUUGUACGCAAGGACAAGAUGUCUGCUCAAGACUAUGUUCAGGUGGUGCUAGAAGAUGGAACUCCCAAAAUCAUUUCUGCCUUCAGUGAGAAAGUGGUGAGUCCAGGAGAGCCUGUCUCCCUUAUGUGCAAUGUGAAGGGGACUCCUCUGCCUACAGUCACCUGGACACUAGAUGAAGAUCCCAUAAUCAAAGAUGGUAAUCACCGUAUCAGCCAGAUUAUCACCUCUGAGGGCAACGUGGUCAGCUACCUGAAUAUCUCUAACACUCAAGUUCGAGAUGGGGGAGUCUAUCGCUGUACUGCCAACAACUCUGCUGGAGUCAUCCUGUACCAGGCUCGAAUAAACGUAAGAGGGCCAGCAAGCAUCCGUCCAAUGAAAAAUAUCACAGCAAUAGCAGGACGGGACACCUAUAUACAUUGCCGUGUGAUUGGCUAUCCAUAUUACUCCAUUAAAUGGUACAAGAACUCUGACCUGCUUCCUUUUAACCAUCGCCAAGUAGCAUUCGAAAACAAUGGAACUCUGAAACUCUCAGAUGUGCAGAAGGAAGUGGAUGAGGGGGAAUAUACAUGCAAUGUUCUGGUUCAGCCCCAGCUGUCUACAAGCCAGAGUGUACAUGUGACUGUAAAAGUUCCACCUUUCAUCCAGCCUUUUGAGUUUCCAAGGUUCUCCAUUGGACAGCGAGUCUUCGUUCCAUGUGUUGUGGUCUCAGGGGAUUUGCCAAUCACAAUCACCUGGCAGAAGGAUGGCAGGCCAAUCCCAGCCAGUCUUGGAGUAACCAUUGACAACAUUGAUUUCACCAGCUCCUUAAGGAUUUUUAAUCUUUCACUGAUGCACAAUGGGAAUUAUACCUGUAUAGCUAGAAAUGACGCUGCAGCUGUGGAGCGCCAAAGCCAAUUAAUUGUGAGAGUUCCCCCUAGAUUUGUGGUUCAACCAAGUGAUCAAGAUGGGAUUUAUGGUAAAGCUGUAAUCCUCAAUUGUUCUGCAGAGGGUUAUCCUGUACCCACCAUUGUCUGGAAGUACUCAAAAGGUGCUGGGGUUCCCCAGUUCCAGCCCAUUGCCUUGAAUGGCCGUAUCCAGCUUCUCACAAAUGGCUCCUUGUUGAUUAAACAUGUGCUGGAGGAAGACAGUGGAUACUACCUCUGCAAGGUCAGCAAUGAUGUGGGAGCGGACGUCAGCAAGUCCAUGUACCUCACUGUUAAAAUGACCCCUUGUUCCUACAGUAAAGCCAGUGAAUGAUAAUGGAGCUUGCAGUGUGCUUACCUCAGCAAAGUAACUCCAGCUAAUCACCCAUGGUGUGGCUGUAAAGGAAGAUAAAAAUUACCAUCUGUAGCAUGUUCAAAAAACCAUUAUAGGUAGAACAAUUGUCUCACGGUGUUAAGUUCACUGUGAACAAGCCCAGCUAUUCUGACUGCUAUUUCUUCAUCUGGCCUUAUUCCACAUUUUGCAGUUCCAUGGUCAAUAAAUAGUGUUUUCCAUGACAAAACUCCAGUUGUACACUCUGUGUUUUAUUACUUUCUCCUUCUAUGUUCUGCCAUCUUGAGCCAAAGUUUAAAAUUUCUUAUCUGUUGCAGCCACCUUAGGCAGAGGGGGCUGAGAUUCUGUCCAAUGGAAAAGGGAGAUUCCAUAGUUCAAUGACUUAAACAUCUCAUCAGAACAAUGGAGUAAGUAAAGGCAAAAAAUAAUAAAAAAAUUAAUUCAGCUGAACUGAAAGCAGCAUAUACACCCCCAAAGUGCCUUUUUCUUGCCAUACUCAAUUGCCUUGCCUUUUUCUACCCCACCCUCCUGGCCAAAGGAUGAGUGUAUCUUUCUUGAAAUAUGUAGGUAUAAACAAACUAUUGGGAGCCUCUGUUCUAAUUUCAAGUAAAUGUUGAUGGAUUGUAGUACUUUUAUUUUUGAAUGCAGGCUGGGAGAAGCUAGAGAAAAGCUAUGGUAAAUCUUGAAAACAUGCAAAGGUUCCCUAGACACAAAUACUCACUCUUGUUAGUAUAACAGGCCCCUUUUUAUUCUAAUGAGGUCCUCCCACUAUGAGAAAUAAACAAGCUCUGAGUGCUGUUUGCUGCCUCUUCAGACCAUCGGCACAGCUUUGAUUUAAGGACUUGCACUUUAAUCACCCAUCAUGUGUCAUUACCCCGACAGGCGGCAGCAGCCGCAAGAUACAAGUGCCAGUAAAUUGCACUGAAAGUCGCUGAAGCGACCCUUUGUUGAUUUUCUUUUACAGCUAUUCCAUGGCAGAUCAGCCGUCAUAACAACACAGUGCUUGUGGCAACAGGGUGAAAUUAAACGUGAAGUAUGUUCAAGGUAGCUGGUAGAAAACUGGAAUAUCCCUUUUUUUCUGUAGAUCUGAAUGCUUUUUACUUUUCUUACUAAUGUCAAGCCUGUGGCAAAUGGCUGAAACGACUGCUAUAUCUCGUCAGAUAAUUGCCAGAUGCACUACAGUACAAAUAUUAAAGUGCUUUUGUGUGCAAAUCAUUACAUUACCAUCAUUUUUUAAAGAAGAGACUGGAAAUGUGCUCUCUUUUUUUAAAGAAAGAACCCUGUUGUAAUUGGCUAUGCGGGAGAAAAAAAAUAGCAGCGCCUUUUUCUUUCCCAGGAGACUAGCUGCACCAGCAGUGCUGCUAGCAGGAGGAUUAAACAUAGAGAUUCUUACCCUAAGGCAAAUAUAGAUAAGUAUAUAUAGACCUACAAUAUCUUUUUAUCUGGAUAAAUGACAUCGCACUCAUUAUCUUUUCUUGUAAAUAGUCAUCUCUCCAAGCCCUGUGGUGUUUGCAUAACAAAAUUAAACAUGAAGUAUAUGUGGAUUUUUUUUUAAUACUUACAUAGAGAACAUUCAGUUGGGACUGUAAUUCUAUUUUCAGAAGUGUUCUGCUGUCAGAGGUAGCAUAAGGAAUGUAAAAUAUUAAGGCAUCAUGGCAGAGGUGAUCAGCGCAGCAAAGUCAUUACCAUUUCCUGCUUCAAAGCCUUCUUUCAAACUUACUUUUGCCAUGAGACCUGUAGGAAACUAGCCAAUUACUACUGUAUAGUCUGAAGGAGAUGAUGUAGUGUAGCCAAUAUUUUAUUUCUUUAUAUUUAAAAGUGUAUAAAUAAUCACGAUAGGUGAAAUGUGUAUAAAACUACAGAUAUUUUCACUGUAUCCCUCUUCCCUGCCCUUGGUAUGUUGCGCGUCCUAUUAAACUGUAACUUUUUUU